UGGGCUCCCGGCGAUGAGCGGGCAGGUGAGCGCCUCGGGCGCCUUCCGGAGCCUUCCCUGCAGAGCGAACCCCAACGCAGACUGGAUGUCGGGGCUGAGCCCGCGGCUGUGGGACGUGCCCCUGCACCACCUGUCCAUCCCGGGCAGCCACGACACGAUGACCUACAGCCUGAGCAAGAGGUCGCCCGUUUCCCGCUCGGAGUCCCGGCUGCUGCAGCUGCUGGCCAAGUUCCUGCCCUGCAUCCUGCAGCCCGUGGUGCUCAAGUGGUCGGUCACCCAGGUAAGGGCCUCCGUCCGUCCGUCCAUCCGUCUGUUCAUCUGUCCGUCCGUCCGUCCGUCCAUCCAGGGGGGCUGGUUCCCGCGUCUCCCCACCCGGCUGACGCCCUACUCUCCAGGGAAAAAUAGCUGAGCCCUGGCCGGUUUGGCUCAGUGGAGAG